UGGAAAGUGUUGUUGUUGGACGCACGCUACUCCGCAGGCGCGUGGCGCGAAAAUUGAUUAACAUUCGUAAUUCUGAUGCGAAUAUUUUCGCGAGUGCUUGUUUUUUUAUUUAAAUUGCAGUGUGGUUGAGUGUUAACAAAAAAUAUUAUUCGGAAUUUUGUGGGAUCCUUGGAUUUAUGUGUAGUGUUAAUUUGAUGAUCAUCACAUACAGACGAAACUGCCAAACAAGCGAAUACAGGCACGGGCGAGGAAGUUUGAACCUUAGUUCCUACCGCAUAGAGACUUAAAUGGGUCUAUAAGAUGAGCUGGCACAAAGGACUAUUCAUCAUUCGCGCUCAAAUCACUUAAAGCAAUGAAGAUGGUCCAAGCUCAUCGAAUACCCACCUUAGCCACUCUAAUACUCCUGUUGUUGCUACAACCUGCAUUCGAAGCAAAGAAAUCCAAGAGAAAAGUAUUAUGUCCAAUAGGAUUCCAGGUAGCUUACUCCAACAUCAAAGGAGAACCGUACUGCUACCGACUGAAAGGCCCCGAAAAAUUUGCACACAAAUAUGUAGGGUGCACCGGCAACCUAUACACUUCUAAACUGUACAACAGUUUAAAUCUUACAAAGUCUGAAUUAGUAUUAUGGACGGAGUACAAAUCAUUGUACCCUGGAGGGCCCUUCAUCGACUUUUCCUUCACUAAAACGACAGGGUCUCUCUUAGAAUCUACCUAUGAAGUAGUCAACCCACAAAAGGGUAUUGAAGAAGAACUAUGUGUAGUUAUAGAUCCUGUAAAUAAUUACACCGCCUCAAGAUGCGAUGAACUGCAUUAUAGGUACUGUCUUGUAGAGCCAUACGUAGAUGCAGAAUCUAUGUCAACAGACGGGUGUGAAGAUUUCAAAGGCUCUUUGAGGUUUUGGGCUCCUAAAGCGACGUGCUUGUCACCAGCAACUGCUGUCGGAGGUGGGGCGGUAAGAGCGACAUGGUUCCAAUCAAAGGAAAUAUGCGAAAAAAAAGGAGGUUCAGUCUUAUACAACGGCUGGAGAUACUCAAAUAAUCCGCUAUUGCACAUUUCUGGCUCGUUUCCUGUUUAUCCCCUGGGUAUUACGUACGACCCUCAGCGUAAAAGUCAGAUCGUCAAUGAAGAGGCUACGAUACCACCAGCGGAAUGGGGAUUGGAUGUCAAUGUUGAAAUGAAUGGAAAUGAAACUUCAUACGGAAUUAUCAGAAAUGGCAUUUGGGAUUUGGUGAACAGUUCCUACAUAUUCUUUGACGUUAUUUGUGAGAAAAACAUUGACUUAAAAAAAGUUGAUUUAAUAGUCAGUGCUGAUGAUCAAAACAAGCUAAUCCUAACUGUGAAUGAUAACGUCGUCGAGGACAACAUAUACUGCUUCACCGACUCCGAGACAUACCACCACCGACCUGUCAAAAUUAGCCACGAUGAUAUACACAACAAACUUCUGUCGUAUGUCCUCAAGCCCAUAGACGAUGGCUACUAUUGGUGCGUUCACAUCGACUCUAAGAACUUCGUCGUCUCCGAGUCCAACAAAGCUCUCUGGGUGCGAGAAGAACAAUCCCUCCGAUACAACUUCGCUGUCAAACUAGCUUUAACCAAAGAAUACACAUUCGACAAUAUAGAUAGACUGAAGAAGAUUUGGGAGAAGAAGUUGAAAGAAUACAUUUUUUAUUCGACAAACUACUACAGGAUUAAUGGGGGAUUAGAAACAAUACAGGACCCGAAAGCAUUUGAAGCGAUAUUAAACGGUUUCAAGUUAGCUCAUCCGGAUUUGAACCCAAAAGACAAGGACAUUAUAUACGAUAUGAAGUUAAAGAAGUUGUUUUUAGACGGAAAGACUGUGAUAUUGCACGUGCAACUGAAUCCAAGAAUGAAACCAGUGCGGCCAGGCACUUGGGAUGGCGUGGAAAUAGUCUAUAUGAAACCUGUUUAUUUCUGUAUGGCCGACAAUCAUGAAUUUGUGGAAUCGAUAGCAGUGUCGUGUCAGAUCCACUCCUGCGUGGGUAACUUCAACGACGGCCUACAAGUGGUGACUACCAUUGACGAGGACUGCAUCGUGUCGACUGAGAUGCCAUACAAGCACCAGGUCACGGUGCAGAUGCCCACUCCUGGGGUCAUUAAGGCGGAAAAUCCCAUUGACAUGCUCAAGUUGGACGACAAAAGUUCCGAUAGUUCAGAAGAGGGGACAUCUGGUGUAUUGAAUUCCACGACAUCGAUUACUACACCCACGACAUCGACUACUACAACUACGAUUAGUAAUAUUACCAGCUCUUAUUUUACUAAGCCUCCGUGGACCACUGGACCUCCUAUCAACGUAACGGUCAUAGAGAACGUAACUGAGACUAUUAUUACUGAGACACCGAUUAUAUCAACAACACCGCUUACGACUACUGAAGAACCAACAACCAGGCCACCGCCAGCACCUGAAGAACAACUCCAACAAGUAAUGGAUGAUUUGGAGAAUCUCAUCAAUAAUGAUUCAGUUCCUGUAUUGGUUGAAGAUAUUAGAACUGCAUUUGAUCAGGUAGAUGAACUUCUAGCAGAAAACGUGGACCUAAAUAUACCUGGAGAACUGCUUCACCUUCUUGACGGUAUUGGAUCUCGACUAGACCUGGACGGAUCGGAAAAUGCUACGACUGUUCGCGACAACAUAGCACUGUUGGUGACUAACGCUGAACCUGAUCAGCCAGUAAGAGGGCUUAGGAUAGCUGCUAGAGACCAAGACGUCUUCACUGAUGAUGCUUUUGAGAUUAUUAGAGAUGACUUCGACACAUCCCAUCUCCAAGCUGACAACAACGAAGCUGUGGUAGUACUACCUGAGUCGGUGUCGGCCACCAACCGACGCAUCAGCUUCGUGGCCUUCCGCAAUGACCGCGCCUUCCACAGCAAGUCUGCCAGGGAGUUCGCUGUCAAUAGCAGGGUCUUGAGUGUUAACGUUGAGAAUCUGACCGAGUUCGAUGAUGGAGAGUAUGUGGACAUCCACUUCACUUCCCUAGGCGGCGGCCCUGACCGAAACCAAAGUCGAGCCUGUGCCUUCUGGCACUUCUUAGAGAACGGCCAGGGCUACUGGUCGCAGGAGGGCUGCACCUUCAUCCGCGCCACCCGGCCAGGUAGGCUCGACACCUGCCGAUGCGACCAUCUCACGCACUUCGCCGAAAUCCUCGUCCCCAGGACCGUGUUCUCCGAACAAAACGAAAAAGCACUCGAAAUUAUUUCAAUAGUGGGCUGCUGCUUAUCCAUGUUCGGCUUAGUUAUGAUAGGAAUAACCGCCGUCCUAUUCAGAUCUUGGAGACGUGACUUCAGCAAUAAAAUAUGGCUGCAGCUCUGCGUCGCCAUAUUCAUACUUAUCGUAUGUUUCUUCAUCAUCCUGUUUGCGAAGUUCGAUAGCUACAACAUCCCGUGCAUGCUGGUGGGCGUGCUGCUGCACUACUCGGUGCUGGCGUCGUUCUGCUGGAUGGUGGUGGCGGGCGUGGUGUCGUACCGGCGGCUGGUGCUGGUGUUCUCGCGCGAGGCGUCGCACAAGCUGCUGCGCGCGGCCGCCUUCAGCUGGGGCGCGCCGUGCGGCGCGGUGGGCGUGCUGCUGUCCGUGGCGCCGCACUCCUACGCCGGCCGCUUCCAGGACAAGGUGCCCACCGGCACCUUCUGCUACCCCUCCGGCCUCGGCCUGUGGCUGGCCGUCUACGUGCCCAUCGCCGUCAUGCUGCUCGCGAACUGGACGCUAUUCGCGCUGAUAGUGCGUUCCGUGUUCGCUUCGAGAAGGAUCCAGAGGCACGGCGACUCCAACGAAGCGUUGCGCUGUGCCUCCGUCAGUUGUCUACUCGUCUUCUUAUUUGGUCUACCGUGGGUUUUCGGUUUGUUUGCGUUUAACGUCGUAUUAGCUUAUUUCUUUGCUUUCACGGCCACUUUCCAAGGGUUCGUCUUGUUCAUAUUCUUUGUUGUUGGGAACAAAAAGACGCGAGAUCUUUGGUUGAACAAGUUAAAGAUCAAACAGACUCGCAAGAUCCCGGUGACGUCGUCGACGUACACGAACAGGAGCACGGGUCCGGCCUUCCGCGGCGCCCCGCAGACCUCGGUAGAGGCGAAGGUGUCCAAGCCGAGGUCCUUAGCGUCAUCGGACGACUCGCGGUUUUCUUGACGAACGCAAGCAGGGUCCUCUAAAACGGACCACUUGAGGAAAAGGUCUUGUGACACUUCUUCCAAAAGUAAUAAGUAUUGACUUCCUACAAGAAUUGCCUUCUUUGGUGUUUUUAGAGUUUGUGAAUAUCGAUGCAUUUACAUUCCAGAAGUUAUGCUUAUUAUCGUGGAUAUCUUCAGAUCCUAUGACGACAUAGUUCCUUAUGAUUAGGUUGUUUAACUUAAGUGAUAUGCAGCAGCCUAAUAUUCUACACGUGCAGACUAGACAAACUAUUUUUUAUUACUAUCUAUUUCUAUCUUUUUAUUACCUGUUGAUGUAUAUUAAUUAUACUUUAAUCAUUAUAAAGGUAUUAAGUAUAGUAAUAGAAUUCUGUGUAUAAUGUAUACUUGUAGGUAUUUAUAACUUGUCCAAAUAUUGUAGAUAAUCGGUAGAGUCAGUAGACUAUGUAUUUUGUACUAGAUACUUGCUUUGUAAAUUAUUUCAUUUGAUGAUAUAAUUGUGUGCAUCUAUGCUCAUAAUGAUGUCAUUGACUAAAUCUAAGAUACAAUUUUUUGUAAGAGAGUUUCAAGUGUAUCAUAACAUUGCCAUACAAGGCUAUGCAUCGUCAGAAUUUGUUGGUUUCUACGUUUCGCAAUUCUUAUAACUGACGAUAUCAGUAUUACGCGUGUAAGGUUGAGGCUCCAAUCAUUUUUAUAAGUUAUACUUACUGACACUGCGCCUUAUCUUCAUGAGACUGAAGUGACGCGAUGAGAUGCACUGAUAGACUAUUUUGUUCCUAAAAUAUCUACUGCGCAGAUACCUAAGCCUCAUUGAAUAUAUGACGUCCUACCCACAUGUCAGAAAAUAACAAAAUUACUAAAAAAAAGCUCCUACGGUGAAGCCUCAGCCUAUAUGCUUUUACUUUCUAGUCUACAUCUAAAUGCGUUCUGUUCCACGCACCAGACUCAGUCAAUUGGCUGAUAUGAUAUAAAUAGCUCCCAGCUUGUAAUAGAACGCGAAGGUAAGCAUCAAAGAGAGUUACCAAAUAAUUUAUUACUAAGUACCUUUGUAGUUUGAUAUUGUGAAAGAGCAGUUAAUAUUCAGACAGAUAGUGAUGAUGGCUACGAAAAAAUGUAAUGUAGUAUUGAGUAUAUUUAUUAUACCCAGGUAUUGUAAUGAAAGAAUUAAAAGGGAAAUAAAACACCAACGCAAAAAAAAAAUUGGAAUACCUGCCCUAAAAAAGUUUGAAUUAAAGUACUUUGCUGAUGCUGACUACAAAAAUAUUUAAAAAAAAUAAGGAGUUAGCAGGCUUACUUCUAGAACAUCAGAGGCACCUGACAGCCAUUCACUGAACUAAUGGAUAGCUCCAUUAAUUUCGCCUCUUCACAAUUUAUGCGCACAAAAUUCUACUCCUUAAAACUUGCAAAACUAUACAAUAUAGGAUUAUUUACUAUUCACACAAUAUUGACUUAUUCUUUGUAAAAUUCUACCAAAAUAAUUAAUGUGUAUUAUACUAGCAUAUAUUAUGCUAAAGGGACAAAGAUUAUUUUUAAAUUAAUUAAAAAACAAUAAUAAAUGUAGUUAAGUAAAUGAUACCAAAUAUAAAAUUGACGUUAUUUGCAUUAGAAAGUUCCUUGCCAUGCGAAUAAUUUCGAUAGAUAUGUUAAAAUAAGGUUCACUGUCCAAUGAUGUGUAACAGUUCGAAAAUAAAAAAGGUGCGAAAUAAGAGGCUUCUCGUCUUCGCAUAGAUAUAGAGUUAUACGCUCGAGUUACGGCGACCUUUACACCUCAGUGGGCAGAGGGCUUAAAAUAGUAAGAAAUAAUUUUAUCAAAUAACUGUAAAUAUUAUUAGAAAACUGUAUAUAAAGAACAAAAUAGUUAAGGAAGACCAGAAGACUUAGCUUUUGUUUUAUUAUGAAUAUUUCUCAAGAAAUAAUACGACAAAUAUUACACUUUUGUUACAUUUCGUGCCUAUACCUAUUUAUUUCACAUUUCCAAUAGUUUCAGUAGUGCUGAAAUACAACUUUGUAUCGCUGGUCAGGCUUAAUGUACUAUUUUUAUAAUCACACAGAGGCAUUUACUAUACUAUGAAAUUAUUUAAUAAAAUAUUUUAAGAUA